AUGACAUGGACUCUAUUCACUGAUGGCGCAUCAAGCAUCGAUGGAUCCGGAGCAGGGUUAAUUUUGACUGAUCCAGCGGGUCAAGAAAUAACCUAUGCUCUCCGCUUCAACUUCAGAACCUCAAAUAAUGAAGCCGGAUAUGAAGCUCUGAUUGCGGGUCUUCAGCUAGCAAUUCAAAUGGAAACAAAACAUCUGCAUGCAUAUACUGACUCUUUGUUAAUUGUCAACCAGGUUAACGGGGAUUACGUGGCUAGGGAAGAAGUCAUGCAGAAGUACUUGAAAAAAGUGACAGAUCUAAGAAAAUAUUUCGAUACAUUUACAAUAACACAAGUUCCUAGGUCAAAAAACAAGAGAGCAGACGCCCUCAGCAAACUGGCAUCUUCCUCAUUUGGUCAUUUAACAAAGAAUGUUUUGGUAGAAGUUAUCCCAACAAGAAGCAUAGAAGUCAAACUGGUCAACUCAACCGAAAAAACAAACAGCUGGAUGGAUCCGAUCAUAGAUUACUUGAAAAAUGGGAACCUGCCAACUGACACAAAUGAAGCACGGAAAAUAAGAAUCAAAGCGCCACAGUACUCAAUAAAGCAAGAUAUAUUGUACAAAAAAGGUUAUUUGACUCCAUGGUUGCGAUGUGUGACAUCUGAAGAAGCUAACUACGUUUUGCGAGAAGCUCACUUUGGAUCAUGUGGGGCACACGCUGGAGCACGAAGCAUUGCACAAAAAGCAGCAAGGCUAGGAUAUUUUUGGCCCACAAUGUACCGAGAUGCAACAAAGAUUGUCGACAAUUGUGAUAAUUGCCAACGACAUGCUCCUAUCAUACAAGCACCAGGAAAAGUGAAAUUCUUGGUAGUCGCAAUCGACUAUUUUACUAAAUGGGCAGAAGCAGAGCCACUGGCAACAAUAACUGGACAUAAAAUACUCAAGUUCGUAUGGCACAACAUUGUAUGUCGUUAUGGAAUUCCAGGAAUUAUCAUCAGUGACAACGGAAAGCAAUUCGCAAAUAACCCAUUUCGGGAGUGGUGUGAAGAGCUUAAAAUAAGACAACAAUUCACUUCAGUCGCACACCCACAAGCCAACGGUCAAACAGAGGUAACUAACCGCACCAUCCUACAAGGCCUCAAAACAAGGCUAAACAAGGCAAAAGGACAAUGGGUAGAGGAGUUACCAAACGUCUUAUGGGCAUACAGAACCACAGCGAAAACGGCUACGGGUUGCACUCCCUUCAGUCUUGUAUAUGGCUCAGAAGCAGUAUUACCACCAGAAAUAGGCCUUCCCACUUACCGUAUCAGCCACUUUGAGCAAACUACAAAUGACUCAAACUUACUCCUUAAUCUUGAUUUGGUGGAAGGACGACGUGAGAUGGCAGCAAUACUUAAUGCCAAAUACAAAACACAGACGGAACGAUACUAUAACAGCAGAGUGAAAUAG